AUAGAGGCACCACGGGUAUAGUUGCCCUCAAAACCUACUGAGAUCCAGAUUUUUUUAUUCAAUUUUGAAACACCAGUUUCCAGACCUGUCUAUUUUACGAUCGUGGUGACAACCGUCGUCUGCGUUGAUUGACAGUACUGACAACACUUACAACAAAUCUGACAAUUUGUCAAAAAACUGUUAUUCAAAAUGAAUUUUCGGCCCCUAACUGAAGAAUACACUAAUGUGGUAUCAAUUCCUGCCAAUGUUGCCUCUUUACCGGGAUCGUCCAAAACCAUCGAAAGACUACUCACAAAACGGCAAAAUGAACACAAAUCCACUUUGGACUUUCUUCGACUUGAAUGCCGGAAAAUUAAUUUACAAAUUGAGGACGAAAUUAGAAGUGAAGGAAACAGUUUAAAGGAAAGUUUAGGCAAAAUCAAAACACAAAUAGAAGCCGAAACUAGUGUUGUAUUUAAAGACAUGGAGGAGGAAAAGCUCGCCAAUUUGAGUUUUGGAACAUUUGAAACUUUGAUGCAAACUAUCCAAGAUUUGAAUAAUCGUCGAUUGAGGAUUAUUGACCAGUUUUAUGACAAACUUCAAGCUUUGGAAAAGAAAAGAUUGACAUUUUUUAAAGGUGUCUUCAAUGAGGCGUAUAGAAAAACCGGGAAAAUCUGCCAUUUGUUGCCCUAUGACCUGGCUUAUUAUUUUGAUCAAGAAAUUUCAAAAAUCAAUGAAAUUUCAAUGAGCAAUUACGGCCACUACGCACAAAUGCACACAGACCUAAAAUUACAAAUUCAAGAAGAAAUUCCUGUAUUUCUUAUAAAUUCGCAUGACGCUAAAGAGAGACAUAAAAUGGCCGUUACCAACAUGAAAUGGAAAGAAGUUAUGCCUCCUCGUGAACGUAAUAACAUUAUCGAAAGUACAAAGUUACCAUUUUUGGCGUUGGGGGACCCCAGUUAUGCCCAAGUUUCCUUACCUUUGUCUGCAACAGAUUUGGAAAUGUGGGAACAACGAAUUCAAAAAACUUUGGAAAGUUUGGACGUAACUGCCAAAAAACUGAUCAGUUUGUACAAAAUAGCAGUGCUUCAAAUUUUUAAUCGAUUUUUUGACGACUUGAAACUCAUUACAAAUGCUCUAACUGAGGAGGACAAUCAGUUGAAUAACCGUCUCACUUUGGAAUCUAUUACUUCAGGACCUUACAAGUCCAUUCUUCUCGAUGUUGCAGAGCUCUACACGUGCGACAUUGCAGAAUUGCAGAAUUUGUGGACCAACAUUACGACUUACAUGGAGACAAAUAUUAACAACACUAACACAUUUUUGAAAAAUUCCGCCCAUUUGUGGGACAACCAUUUCGCACGUACCGACGAAAUAAAGGAAUUGGUUUUGAAAGAUUUGACAAAUUUGAUUGAAAAACACAACAAACUGGCCCAAACUUUUGAAAAAAAGAUGAAUAAUUCUCUGGAUAAGUUGCGAGAAGGUUCGUCUGUAGCCAAACUCAAUAAACAUCUCAGAGAUGUGAAUAAGUUUCUGGAUUUAACAGGAAACUUGUAUUCAAGUCAAUGCGAAGCUGAGAUUAAAUUAAUAACGAAAUAUUACGAAUUGACUGAGCAAGAAACUGAAUUGUUGAUAAGUGAACUUGAUCGAUUUCUAGGCGAAAAUGCUGAUAAGGAACCGAUCCAUGAGAGGAGAAGUUGGCAGAAUAUUAAUGUUGCUCAAGAACAACAACCUUCUCCGAAUAAUUCUGAAGACAAUUUGAUUCCUUAUCAAAUGAAAUGUUGUCAAUAUCAAGUCGACGCUGUCAAUAAUUGGAUGUUUGGCCUCUGGGAAGCACUUAAAGCAUAUAUGGUCACGUGUCGUUCCGAACAGUUAAAACAAGCUGAGCAGUGGAUGGACCACGUCAAAAGUAAACUUCGAAAAAGACUCGAAAUUAGAGAAAGCACUCUCAGACCAAGAUACAUUCGAGUCAAAACAAUGAUUUAUGAUGUUAGGUUGAAAGAACUCGAAGACCAUCAAAAUUCUAUUCAAAAACUUGAAAAUAAGGUACAGAAAUACGUGACUGACUCUCGCCAAGCCACUCAACUCUCCAAAGAAAAAAGAGUUGAAAUUGUUGAAGAGUUCGAGUCGGCGAUGAGAGGAAUUGAAGAAAAAUUACAAAAUUCGACAAAAUCAUUUCACGUUGCGGCUUGUAUCGAACAAACGAAGACUCUUUCGGAAGAAGCUAAAACGAAAUUUGAAGAAACGUUCAAAGAUAAUUACAACGAAAUCGAACAAAAUCGGAAAAACAUCAUCGCAAUGAUUUGCCAUUUUGGCACCAAAAUCAAAUUAUUUUCAGAAGGGGGUAAUUUUAAUCGUGACGAAGCCAAAAUCUACAAAAAACGGUUCCUGAAAAUGCAAAAAGGGGUUCCUAAAAAGUUCAAAAAGGUUUAUGCCGAGUUUGAGGCUUCAAAACCUGAAAUUGUGAAUAUGUUUCGACGGAUCGAAAUUGCAGUUUUGGAUCGAUUAAACAAAUCUCUAAAGGAGUUCGAGCAUAAUGAAAAAACAUGUGAAAAAAUCAAACAACUUCGUGAAAAUAUCCGCAAGUUGGCCUACGACACAAAAUUUAAAAUUCACCGAAUCGAUGCGAAUAUCGAUUAUUUCUCAGAUAUGUCCAAAAUAGAAAUUUGGAAACGCAAACAUUUUGAUAUUAUGAAGGAUGCGCUGCAGGAAUGUAUCGAAAAAAUUGUCGAAAUUGAUAACUUUAUGAUUGGAGAUUCUGAAAAUAUUGAGAGGAGUUAUAUUUUCCAAUUGAAUGAAUUGAUUGAUUCCUCGUUUGAAGAAAUUGCAACAACGGCUAAGGCUUCUUCAGGUAUAAUUUGUACUCUACGUAAAAAUGCCAACUACAGUACGGAUCUUUCGGACAGAUAUCUAGGCUCCCACAGUUAUCAUUGUAAAGCACCUUACGAAAAAUGUUGUCUCAAGGGCUGCUGUUCGGUUUUCGAUGACAUUCCUUGGUUCGUCUGGUUAGCUAUUGCCCUUGUUCUCCUUUUAUUUGUAGUUCUUGUUGUUAAUUAUUGUUGUUUGAAACCAUUUAAGCAAACUCGCAGAACGAUUAGAGACCCACCUUUGCAAGAAGAGCCACUUUGUCAAAGAACUACUGAAAUCGUGGUGGUUUUACCGAAUGUCGAACCUGAAAGGAGUAAUAGGUUACCAACAUAUAAAGAAGCAAUAGAACUAAAUUAAAUUCUGAUUAGCAAUCUAUUAUACACGUAGAUGCAAAAGGAUGUACCAUCGUUUGGGUGGUUUUUAGAAUCAUUUAAUUAUAACGUGAAAUUGCAUGCAAAAAUUUUCUGCUAACCUUAUUCAUAGGUUGAUACAACUUUGAUAUUAAUUUUUUGUUAUUCAAGGAAAGUAAUUUUAUAUUUUAUUAGUAAAAAAAUUAUAAAAGUA